AUGGCGACCAGCGACAGCGACAGGGGCAGCAUGGCUCGAAGGGUCUCAAACAGCAGCGCUGUCGUGGAGGAGUCCCCGAGCAACGAGGCUUUGCGCUAUUGCAACCUGGAAGACUUUCUCGAGCACCUGGGCGUUGAUCACGCCAGCGCAGGAGAUUGGGGGCGACCAGUACCAGGACCUGACCUACCGAGGAGGAAUGGCGCAGGGUCCAGGAUUGUAGAGCGUGAGGAGCCACCUUCCAGAAACAAGAGGAAAACACAAAUUCGGUCCGCCGGUUCCAGGAGUUCGGCCACUACGACAUCGCUCGAUCAGGUGCGAGCUCGCAACAUCAAGGGCAAGCUGGGCUGGAUCUGUGUGGCGAAGGAGGAGGGGAAGGCUGCUCCCGGGAUGCUGGCCCCCCCUCUACUCCGGCAUCCACCUGCCGUCCUACGUCUUGCCGACCACUGA